CCCACGGCUGGUGAGUCCCAGCGACAACACACUCCCCUGUCAACAAGAUCUCUUUGGAGCAGCAUCUCAACCGGACCAGUCUUUGGAGCACCAGAACCAGUCGGACGUCCUGACGUUGACCAUGAUUUUAGCAGUGAUGAUGAGGGGAAUGUAUUCCCUCACAUCUCUCAUCCUACCAGUACCACCUUCUCCCUGGCUGGCCUGGGACCGGGCCAGCCAGAGGAUGAGCUGGAUGGGGUUCCUGUGUUUGGAGCAGAUGAGGAGGAGGAGGAGUGGGACAUAGCCCUGCCCAAGGUGGCGCUGGGUGACGUGGAGUCUGACAGAGAGUCAGGCGGACGGCCGGCUGGAUUGCCUGACACACGACGUGCAGAGACUCAGGAUGAUCAAAAUUCAACUGACAGAUUCCUUGAUGCAGUCUCACUUUCCAAUGUUAGAACAGGUUAGAAUGAAAACAUGAUGCCUAGUCUGUUGGCCUGUGACGUUCCUCCUCAUGCAUUUCUUACUCAUCACCAAUAUAACUUUUCUUACUUACAUUUCUUACUACUUAAAGGAAAAUUCCACUCAAAAACCUGGUAUUUGUUUCAUUAGUCCACUGUUGAAACAGUCCCAAAAUGUUUUAUGCAUCUGUAUCAACAGUGGACUAAUGAAACAAAUACCAAAAUAUAUAGUUUUUUUAGUGGCAUUUUCCUUGGACUUAGGCCUACUUCUUGUGCAGUGCUUAACAACAAAGUCAUUCUUUUGGCAGCUUCUGAGGAGGCUAGUCAAAUGCAAGGAGAAAGCCAUCUUUCAACUAACCCCUCUCAGUCCCCUUCACCAGAUAACAGCUUGGGUAAGACUGCAAGCAACCUUGCCCUGCUAGUUAUAACUAUAGUUUCAAUAAAGAACAUGAUUUAGCAAAUGUUUACGCUUCAUGCACAUGGUAUGCACAUUAUUAGAGCUGUGCUAAUGAUGAUUCCAUUAAAUGGCCUUUUCUCAAUUUCUGUCAGAUGGAGGAAGACAGAAUCGGUCUAUUGCUGGGGGAUCCAGCCGUCAAGAGGUCUGUAUUGUGUAUGACUUUAGUAUACCGGUAGUGUAAGUGGAGAGGGGCAGCAAGAAAGAACUGGCAGAGAGCGCGAGAGAUCUCAGGAUAAUUCCCUUUUGCGGAAUGCUUUUAUGAACAUAACACUUUUUUUUAGUGUCGCCUUCAUUCAUCUAUUUUGUGUUCCAGAACCCAGUGGUGGGGGACAGAGAAGAGCCCCCCAUCUCUCCCCUCAUGAACAUCAAGGAUGAGCCCAUAGAUGAAGGAUAUGACUGCGCCCUUCUACCCUCAACACGGAGUAUCAAGGAGGAGCUGGACAACACAGCUCCUGAGGUCAGCCAAUGCUCCCAUGCCCUGCCUUAGAUGUCCCCUUUUACAACAUAUUGAUAUGAUGAUUCUGUUAUGCUAUAUUAUUGUUUCUAUAUUAUUAUUAUUAUUUCUCUGUUCUUAUUUGUUGUAUGUUACAGGAGGAGCUGAGGAUUAGUUCUGUCUUUUCUGUUGGUGGAGGAAAUGCGUAUGGCUCGCCCACUGCCGCUCCCCAGACCUCCACCUCCAUAUUUGGACCAGGAAGAAGUCUAGUUCCACAGGGGCCAACGAUGACCCUCAGGAGCCUGGCUCCAGUGCCCCAGCCACCCCCUCCCCAGCCCCAGCCCCAGCCCCAGGCCCAGGCCCAGGCCCCUAGCGGCUCCAACCCAGCCAACGCAGUGCGUGUGUCCUGCUCUGGCUGCUCUAAGAUCCUGCUGCGUGGUCAGACUGCCUUUCAACGGAAAGGAUCCACCCAGCUCUUCUGCUCCACUGUCUGCCUCACUGGGUUCACCCUGCCUCCCAUCAAACGGAGAACCUGCUACCAGUGCCUAAAGUGAGUCACUCAGCUACUGACUCACCUCAACUCAACUCCAACUUUCUAUCAUUCUACUAUCAUCCGAUUCCCAGUGUUACUGUGGUGGUGCACCAAAUAACUUCCCCGUUGUUCAUGACUGUAUCGCUGUUUAUAACCAUUUCAUCUCUUUAACUCGUUUAUACCUCUUAAUUUCUUCAGGGAGAUUGAGGACCCCAAGGAUGUGAUCAGUGUGAUUACAGACAAUAACCUGAAGGAUUUCUGUAGCCAGUUCUGCCUCUCUGUGUUCAACCGCAAGAGGAAACCAGGGACUAUUUCCAUGCCUUCUUUCCAAGAGCCCGCCGCUCCGACAUGCAGUAUGUGCAAGAAGAGCGACACGGUAAGGGACAAAACAGACAGCCACUGGUUUGCCUAGUUCACUCUCAUUUCUAACUCAACCUCAGGUGAGGUUACAUGAGGAAAUGUUUGAUUUGACUUGAUAAUCCUGCCUGAUUUGGUAAUCCCCCACCCCCAUAUCUCUCUCAGAUUCAGCACGAAGUGACUCACCAGGGCUCCUUGCACAAACUGUGUAGCGAUGAGUGUUUCAUGCACUUCCGCUCCUCCCACAACCUGGUCAUAAACGUGUGUGAGAGCUGUGGCGAGUACUGCGCCAGUACUGACAGGAACUGCCGGUCGCUCCGAGUAGAGGGCGUCACCAUGAAGUUCUGCAGUCGUACCUGCAUUAGCACUUUUAAACGGGUAAGUACGAACAGUCAGGUGUAAACACAGACAGUCCUCCAUAGAAACUGGAGUCCACUUUUAAAAACUGUCUGGCCUUGAUUGUCAUAUGUACUUUGAACUUCUAUCAGGUACAAUCAGAGGAGGAUGGGCCUCCCCUCCAAGUCUGGUUCCUCUCAAUGUAUCUAUAUGAAUACAUUAUUGAUGUUAUGCACAUUUGUCUCACUGAGUCCCCCUGUCCCACCUCCGCCAUCAUCAAAUCUCUUCUUCUUAUCAACUCUUUCCCAUUGUUCCUGUAUGACAGACGACCACGAAGGUGAUGCCGUGCGGUCACUGUCGUGAUCUGAGACUCAUGUCUGACAUGGUGGAGAGCACCGAUACGGAUGGCAAGGUGGAGCUCUUCUGCAACUCCAUCUGUGUCAAUAACAGCCGGCCACAGAACGACCUGUCAGGUAGCACUGACUUUACCAUGGUAUAAGCGGAAGUCUGCAAAAGUAUUUUCAUUUAUCAAUAUUUUAGGCCAUAUGUUGUCUGAAAUCUGUUUUGGACUGGUAUAAUCUUUUAUGGAAUGCAUCUGCAUGUCGAUUUAGUCCAAUAAUGAUUACUCAGAGAGUGGGGAAAAAAACCCUGAAGUGGAUUCUUGACAAGGCUCGGUCGGGAUUUAUUUUCCGCAAGCCAGCAAACAAUUAAUUGUUUCAACCAAUAUUUUGCCAUGAAAUUGGUUUUAAAUUGUAUUUGCAGUUGUAUUAAAAAAUGAUUAAAUUGUCUGAUUUUGACCUGUUGAAUUGUUAUGGAAUCAGAUUUUUUAUAGAUAUCUACUGUUUAUUAAUGAACUGUUUAAAGAUGGCUUGUGGUAGUCUCAGCCCAUCUGUGACCCCUUGCUGACUAAUAUGCGAAAAAUUGCUAUUCUAUAAUAUGGUCUCUUUGUUGUCACAAACAGGAACGGCAUUCCCUUGUACCUACUGCAAAGUGAAGGCUGUCUCUCAGUACCACCUGGCCAUGGUAGAUGGCAGCAUCCGCAACUUCUGCUCUUACACCUGCGUCAAGACCUUCCGGGUAUUCAUUGAUUAAUUGGCUAAAUGGAUCAAAACAGAAUGUAUAUUACAUAUGAUCUGUGCUUUCUAUGUGUGUAUAUUAGACUGUUCAGUCUCUGUUAGGUAGAUUUGAGAGGGAUAUGAUGUAUUUUUCAGCAUGCAUUUAGGUUCACGUUAAUUUUACAUAAUUGCACAUAUGCACAACCAAACAUAAAACGUAAUGCAUACAAUACAGGUCAAAUUGAGAAGAUGCCAAUCAGCCUAUAUAUAAUGGAUUUUACGGAAUGCAUCAUGUUUUUUUAAUGUGUUCUCCUUUGAUGUGAUGUGGUAGGAGGCCGAAGGCAGCCAGCCUCCCCCCCAACAGGGCCAGAUGAAUGGCUCCUCAUCCACUGCUCCUCCCAUGGUGUCUCCAUACCUCCAGACCCCUCCAGCACUACCCCAGGGCUACUCCCAUCCUUACCCCCCGUCCUGGGUCCCCACCACUGGCCGCCCGUACGCGCCAACCCAGAUCUCUGCUCCACCUCUACCCUAUCGAGCCGCCCCAGGCUUGGCUAGGGCCUAUGGGGUAGGGCAACAUCAACCAGGGCCGCCCAUGGCCCCCACCUCCUCCUUUACCUCCGCCACCAGUGGACCUGUGAAACUCUCCUGCCAUCAGUGUCCUCAGCAGUUCCGCUGGAAACCUGAGCUCUAUGAGUACAAUGUAAGUCCCUCUCUCUCGAUCCUGUACCUUGUUUAUUACAUUUGAGGUGUCAUGGGGAUGGUAGUUUUGUGAUAGGUAUUGUAGUUUUGUCUAUUGCUCAGACCCUCCUUCGUGUGAUAGUAAUUGUAGUUUUGUCUAAUUCUCUGAGUCCUCCUCUUCAGACGGGGGUUGUAGUUUUGUCUAAUGCUCACACCCCUCAUGCCCUCCUCUUGUGAUGGGGGUUGUAGUUUUGUCUAAUAAUGCUUUUCUGAUGGGGGUUGUAGAUUUAUGUCUAAUGCUCUUUGUCCUUCUGGGCUCUUGUGUUGUGUUCCUUCAGGGUCGCACCAUGCAGUUCUGUUGCAAACUGUGCUGUGUUGAGUUUAAGAAACGGAGUAAUAUCAAAGUGAGGUGUGAGUACUGCAAACUGGAGAAGGUAGUCAAAGAAGUCAUCAGAUAUGACCUCAUUGACCGGCCCUUCUGCAGUGAGAGUGAGUACCAAAGCCCCUUUCUCGCUUUCUCCUAGUCCUUUUUAACAAUUUGUCAUAAAUAGAACAAUGAUUUAAUCAUUUAUGUUUUGAGUAUAAUAUUGUACACUAACUGUCUGUGUGUGGGUGUUGUAACAGGCUGUAAGCUGCUUUUCAAGCACGACAUGAAGGGGCCAUGGCGGACGUGUGCCUAUUGUGCAGACAUCAGCCCCAAGAUGAUCCACAACCACUUUGGUGGCAGGAUGCAAGAGUUCUGCAGGGACGCGUGCAUGUCCAACUACACUGUUCUCUUCUAUGAGGUCAGAGCCAGAAGAAUCUUUAUGCAUGUUGACCUUUAUGUAUGUAGCAAGCAUUUCAGAGGAGGAGUGCUGAUUUAGGAUCAGUUUUGCCUUAAGACGACAAUGAAUAAGACUGCAGGGACCUGAUUCCUACUCUUGUUUUAGUUUUUUGUUGGUGUUUUACCCACUUUUUCCGUGGUAUCCAAUUGGUAGUUACAGUCUUGUCCCAUUGCUGCAACUCCCGUAUGGACAUGGAAACACAACCCAACCGAACCGCACUGCUUCUUGACACAAUGCCCGCUUAACCCGGAAGCCAGCCGCACCAAUGUGUCGGAGGAAACACCGUACACCUGGCAACCCGGAGUCAGCGUGCACUGCGCCCGGCCCGCCACAGGAGUCGCUAGUGCGCGAUGGGACAAGAACAUCCCUGCCGGCCAAACCCUCCCCUACCCUGGACAACGCUGGGCCAAUUGUGCGUCGCCCCAUGGGUCUCACGGUCGCGACAGAGCCUGUACUCGAACCAGGAUCUCUAGUGGCACAGCUAGCACUGCGAUGCAGUGCCUUAGACCACUGCGCCACUCGGGAGGCCAGGACUCCUACUCUGAGUCGCUUUAUGAAUACAUACCCUGAUCUCUCACUCUCUUGAUUUGAUUACCACUUCCUGGGACCUAUCUAUGUAGCCCACAAAUGGCUGAAGUCCUUUGAAUUGCUGAACUGUUUGUUGUCCUUCCCCUACCCAGAUGGCUAAGUGUGAGUGCUGCAGACGUCAAGGGAAAAUGAGAGAGCAACUGAAGUGUUUUGGGGCAAUAAGGCACUUCUGUAACCUGGAGUGUGUUAUUCAGUACUGCUAUCAGACCUUCCAGCUGCACCCUCGGACUAGCAACGGCACCACUACUACACAGGGUACUACUAAAUUAUAUACACAUUUCUCUUGAAAACUACUACCUGGUUGGAUGACCAAUCGCUGCACCUCAGUUUAAUGAUUGACUUAGGCCUACUACUCAACAUGUCUCUCCUCCCCUCUUUCCUUCCCUUCUUUCUCCCCCUGUAGGUCCGUCCCAACCUCUAUUCUCCCUCUCCAAGCCAGCUCCUGUCAUUGCUGAUGUUGUCUCGUUGGCCACCUCUCCUGCUGGCCAGCCCCAUGCUACGGCUGCCACUGCCCUCACAGGUAGCUAGCACACUUAUCUAGAACACUGGCUAAUACUGAGCACGGUUAAGACAUUGUGAAUGAGUGGUCUAAUAAUAUAAGCUUUGUAGUUAAGACUGGUUUUUGUUUUGCUUGCAGGAGCUCUUCCUACGUCUAACUCUCAUGGCAAGAGCCUUGACGAUGCGAGUACCCAGACGGACGCCAUGAGGAUCUCAGCCCGCCGUCGGAUCAUGAAGAACAAGGCCAUCAUCUGUAAACCCCUCAUGCUGGACCAGGAAACCAGCUGCCAGAUUCAGACGCAGGCAGCAGAGAAACCAAUGGCACCCAUGGGUAAAACAACAAACUAACAUCUGUGAUUUUUAGAACUUGAUUCUUUAAAUUAUUGUAAUAUUUUUUGAACAAACUAGCUACUUUUUAAGAUGUCCCGUCCAUAAAGUUAUUAAUAAUAUCUUCAUUAUAUUUCUAUGGCACCACCCUUCCACUGAAUUUGUAAAUCAGACCUUCCACUACAUGUACAUAGUAUGCCCACUUGGUCUAAAGGGUUAGUAAUGAUCUCUGAUUGUCAUCUCGCUCUCGUUGUUGUUGUAGGGUUCACAGAGACUGGGUUCACGUACACAGAGAACGGGGAGAAAGUGCGGGUGGUUGUGAUGCCCGUUCCUGUGCCAGUCUUCAUCCCAGUGCCCAUGAACCUGUACAGCCAGUACACUCCUGUGCCCAUGGGUAUCCCUGUGCCUGUACGUCUGCUCUGCGUCCUCGCCUCAUGCCCACAUCCACUGUCUCUUUAUAUGCCUUAAAAUAGAAUAGAUACUUUAUUUUCAAUUUUUCAACGGGAAUUACCAGGAAGUACCCAUCUCUGGUGGCCUAAACACUCACAUGCCCCCCCCCCCCCCCCACACACACACACUCUCGUGUCUUGGGUUGUUGUACUUCUGAGCACCCUACUAAUACCCCCACCAUGUUUCAUUGUGUGUUCUUUUAAUGAUUGGUGAAGUUGGCUGGUUAAACCAUGUUUUAAUGUUCUCUGUACCCUCUGUUCAGGUCCCAGUGCCCAUGGUAAUACCCCCCUCGUUAAGCCGCUCAGAGCUCAAGGACAGGAAAGACGGUGUCGCAUCUCAAACCAUGGCCGAGCAGGAGAAAGACAAACCUGUCUCCCAUGGAGGUGAAGAUAAUCAUUUUUACUCUGAGCUGCGGCUGUUCAUGUAUGAGAACGUUACUGUCUAUCUUUAUUGUUGCUUGAACAGGUCUCUCUUGCAUUUAUCUCAAUAAUGAGACUAACCUGUAUUAAUAGAUAAACACUCUGUUAGAAAAGCAACCUGUUAAAUGAAAAUCACUGGUGGAGGAUCUUACUGAAGGGUUAGAUAACAUCUGUCUGUGUGUGGUGUUUAUCCACAGACCAAGGCAGCGCCUACAGUGGAGACCUGGAGUCAGAGGCUGUGUCCACCCCCCACAGCUGGGGUGGAGAGGCUGUGUCCACCCCCCACAGCUGGGGUGGAGAGGAUGAGUCUACAGCCAACCCCCAGAGAGGGACAGAGGGUCCUGGCGACCCCCCCAGCACAACCUCCUCCCCCAACAUGUUGGACCUGGAGGCUGACUACCCCCCUGGUGAGAAAGGCUCUGAGAACAGCUACAUUUAUGUUCCCAGGUUUUAUUUAGUGAAAAAUAUUUAUUAAACAUUUAUUUAUCCAGUUAAGAAUAAAUUAUUAUUUGCACUAGCUAGGUUUCCAUCCAAUUAAUGCGAAUAUUCUACAAUCCGCAUAUAGAAAAUAUGCACAUUUUCCCUCCAGUGGUAUGUUUCUACCAAAUGGACUUGUUGCGUAAAUGUUUUUGUGCGUGAUGACAGUGCACACAAAAUGUACUUUUUCGCUUAAGUUUUCAUAUACCGAAUAAAAAUCAAAAGUUUGUGUUUUCAUCACAUUUUCAACUCUACUGAUAGUUCUGUCACAAAUUGUUGCAUUAAAUAGCAAAUGUGCCUACUCUGGUCUUGGCACCUGCGCUGUAGGCAACAGCUCGCAGAUACAGUGUGGGUAGGAUGUGCGGUUUGUCUAGUCUACAUGAUGAGAUUAUUAUGGAUAAACGGCAGUCAAGCAUCGAUCAUCAUGUCACCAGAAUAAGACCCUCGAUAUUUAUUGGAAAGCAGCAUCAAGCUCAUCACCUUGCACAUUCACCACCCUGUGAAGUUCAUCAUAAGUUAUUUCAUCUGUAGCCUAAUCAUGGUUUCCCGAGUCGUAGUGGGAGGACCACACACCAUAUCAUCGCGUGACUCCAAGUUGAUUGGUUAUUAUAUCAAUAUUUGCGCAUAAUGGUGUUUACACCGACAUUUCCCACAUAAUUAAUUUUACCGACAUAAAAAGAUCCCACCAUGUCGAACGAACAAAUUAUCUGUCAGCAUUUAUAAAAUUACACCGACACUUCCUGUUUCCAUCACAGCUGUUGUGAUUUUUUAAAAAUACGAUAUGACUUUACUCGCAUAAAAACUGUGGAUGGAAAUGUGGUUAAUGAUGAACUUGCAAAUUCCCACAGAUCACAUUUGUAUCCCCUGUAUAACUGUGUAUUCAAUGCUGUUUCAGAGUCGUUUGAUCAUGCUGCAGUGAAGGGGCAGAGGCUGACUGUACAGGCCACAAGACACAAGAGAUCCAAAGAUGGCUUACCUCCCAGAAAAAGGGUAUGUCUAUGCUGUAGUCUGCGUCCCAAAGGGUACCCUAUUUCCUUUAGUGUGGUUACUGGCCCAAUGCUAUAUAUAGGUAACAUAACUAGUUAGUUAGGUAGUAUGGCCUCUGUCACAUCAGCACCAUUAUUACUAUUGACUGCAAUAGGGUUUCAUUAUUAGAUAAUGAUAUCAAAGCUAUUAUACAGUAAAAGCAAGUUGUUUCUCCUCCUACUACGUUGUUGGUCCAAACCUUUGUCCCUUUCCCUUUCUGUGGGCGCUUGUCUGUAUUGCAGAGUCGUAAGCGAAGUGGGACUGUGAACAUGGUGGAGCAAACUGUUUCACUCCCUCCUGCCAGAUCAAAACUCCACCACAAGUACGGGGUGAAAGCCUGGAAGAAUUGGGUGUUGCAGAGGAACAAGCAGUUUGACUGUGAAUUUUCCAAAGAUCCCUGUGAGUCAAUCCUAACUGCACAGACCAUUUUUAGAUCUUUGCUUAUCAUGUAGAUUGAUUGAUUCAUUGAUUUGUUAAUUAAAGUGCCUUGCAACAUUUCAGAUGCCAUGCCCAGAUGAGCUUAAAAUAUGCUACCGGUAUUCAUGUACAGUACCUCUGUGGUGUUCAGUAGCCAUCUUUUUCGCUAUGGCAGCUAAAUCCAUUGUUCUCUAAUCUGGUUUUCUGUGCCCUUGUGUCUCCCCUACGGCAGCUAAAUCCAUGGUUUUGAAGGAGGACGUGUUGCAGUGUAACUCCUCUGAGCUUAGUUAUGGCCUCUGUCGCUUCAUCAGUGAGGUCCGUCGCCCCAACGGUCAGGCCUACCCCGCUGACAGCAUCUUCUACCUCUGUCUGGGCAUACAGCAGGUAUUGAGCCUCCAUGUUAAUACCUAGUAUUUUAUUCCAUACUUUGUUAUCCAAAUUACUCAUAUCUAAUGCCAUACUAUGUUAUUCCCUGUGGUACCACCUUUUCUGUCUGUCAGUGGCCAUACUUCAAAUACGGUUCUGUCUAUUUUGAGGUUUGAUUGCCCCAGUUAUACUGAUGUGAUAGCAGCUAAUACUGUUUGCAGCCUAGUACCAUCAAUAGUAUCUGCACUUUUCCUAUAGCAACUGCCCCAGGGGCAGCAACAUCAAUUGUACUUGCCCCUCUGCCAAAUAUGAUAUGUAGUGCCUAAUGCCUCUCUCCCUCACCAUCUCUCAUUUGGCUCGACAGUAUCUAUUUGCGAAUGGAAGGAUAGAGAAUAUCUUCACUGAUGUGCUCUACCACAAGUUCAGCAUGGAGAUUACUAUGAUGCUACAUUACUGGAGACCUACCCUGCUGCCCAGCGGUAAGAAUAUUUCUAGUCUUCUUCGUUUCUUCUUCUAUCCCUGUCGUAUCCCUUUAAUAUCGAUGGAACAUUUGAAAGGCAUUCAAAAUGAUGACCCAUACCUCUGUCCCUCCCUCCACUAUCUGUUUCUAGGCUACUUGCAUUCCCGUGUGGAGGAGGAGUACCUGUGGGACUGUAAACAGCUGGGGGCCUACUCCCCCAUCGUGCUGCUCAACACCUUGCUCUUCUUUGGAACCAAGCUGUUCCAGUUCAAGACCCAGAGCCAACACAGACGUUUGUCCUUCGCCAACUUCACCCACUGUACCAGGGUCACUAAGAACGGCAAAAGCGCCUUCCUGAGGUUUAGGCCUUGUCAGGACACUGCCGGUGAGUUCCGACCUCAAUGGUGUUAAAGGCUAUCACAUUCUAUUAUACUUUAUAUAUCCCAUUAGUAGCAAUUAAGAAAUGCUUUGCCAUAUCACAAGCAAUAACAUCCUCCACAAGCUCCAUAAUGUGCUAGGUUGUAUGUUGAUUUAUUCUCAUUGUGUGCGUAUACAGAGCUGCUAGCUUUGCCUGCCAAGAGGAAGCUGGAUGAUGAGGAAGGUGACAUGGAGAUGCCUGAGAACACUGAGAACCCACUACACUGCCCUGUCAGACUCUACGAGUUCUACCUCUCCAAAUGGUGAGAUUACAUAAAACAUAUUUAUUCCUGUUAUAUUUCACUCUGUUACUGUAGCUAUAUGACUUGUUUAGAUAUUGACAAUGUUUUAAUGCCUCUCAAUGUUUCAUAGUCUGAAAAAGAGAAAUGGAGAAUAUUUCUGUAAUGGCUGCCUAUCGAUUCAUUAUAUAAUCCUCUUUUUCUCCACCUCCAGCUCAGAGUCUGUGAAGAAUAGACCAGGCCUGUUCUACUUGCAGCCAGAGCUCUCCUGUCACUCCAGCAGCUCGCUGUGGUACUCUGGCCAGCAACUAGAAGGCGCUGCACUGGAGAGCAUGCUAACACGCAUCCUGGCUGUACGGGAGGUCCACCUUAAUGAGCCUCCACUGCAUCAUCACUCUACUGAAGCUUCAGCAGCCUCCACCGAUGACAACGAUGACAGCUCAUAGUGGAUAUAACAGACUCAUGGAAUGGCACCCUAUUCCCUAUAUAGUUCAGUGCACUACUUUUGAACAGGGCCCAUAGGGCUCUGGACAAAAGUAGUGUACUAUAUAGGGGAUAGGGUGCUAUUUCAGACGCAACCAUGGACAUGUUGCAAACAUCCACAAUCAUGUAAAGACACUACGAUAAGAUACUGUCUGACACUUCAUUUAGUUUUUCAUAAUGUCUUUGUUUCUAGAUUCUAGUUUUAGAGGAUGAAUGGAAUCAUGGCUAACAAAACAUAAAAAUACUGUUAAUGUUACAUUAGUGUCUGUUUGUUUUUCUAAUUUGUUACUAUAGCUGAACAUUUUAUUGUGUUACUUUCUACUAAUCUGCCUUUGUUCUAAGGGCCCACACAACUAAUUCCAUAGUAUCGAUCAUCCACACUACUAACUAAACCAAGGUGAUCACAUAAUGUUGUACAUAGUUUCGUUGAUUUUUUUUGUUAGUUUUUUGUAUGGAUCCCUCUGUUAUGGACUUGAAUAAGCAACAUUAUUAUGCAAAGGACAUUUCUGUCUGCUCUGCUGUUUGUUCUCUGAAGGGAUUAAAAGACAACCUCUGACUCUGAGAAUAAAACUCAGAAACCGAUUGAAAAUGUUCGUUCACUGUGAAAGUCAUCAGCAUUUAGAUUUGAAUAAUAUGGUAAAUUCCACCUGGUCCUGUAUGCAAAUCUGAGUGGAGCUGAGGAGUCGUUUUAAUCUGCUUAAGUGUAUGAUUUACUGAUUGAUGGUUCAAAGGUGGGGUUAUGUAUCUCUGUUGUGAUGCUUAUGCUUUAGCAGUGCAGAGUCAUGUGGUACAGUACAUUAUGUUUUCAUGGACAAAUAGAAAAGCUAGUCAGACCACGCUCUCGUUGCAUGUGCGAAAGGGCAUGAGUGGGAGGAAAGAGGGCACUGUACUGAGAGAAGUGGUACUGAGGGAUUGAGUGUGUUGAGCGAAGAAGAGUUUGUGUGGGAGGGAGAGGAGGCAGAUGGAUAAAAGAUCAAACUGCAGGCUGAAUUUUUAUCCUCCUGUAUCUCUCAGCCAAGCCAAUCACAUUGAAACUGGUUGUAUAACAACAUGUUUUGUUUUCUACACCAUUUUCUGAUUUGUUUCGAAUGAUGUAAAUUCAAGGAUAUCAUUCUGUCAGUGUCACAUCACCUGUGUAAGAUGGAGAAGCUGUGACUGUCCUUCUUUUCACCUCUUUAGAAACGUCUGAUGAUUUCCCCUGCUGAUUCAUGUCUGGAGAGGAAAUCAAAGCCCACGGCGGUCAAACCUAAAUAGAGAGAAUAGGGGACGGAGAUAAAGAAAGAAGAGACAAAGUUAGUCUUUAACAGCUCCAAACCUCUUAAGCCCUGAAGCAGCCUUAGAAACGUGGGGGAGGGGAAUCUGUAAUUGUGUGUGUGAGAGAGAGAUGGAGAGCGUGAGAGAGAGGAGGGGGGCGGUUUGCGUUGGUGUUGAAAUAUUUGUCAAAUAAUCAGUGCCUGUGAGCAGACAAGGAUGAUUUACAUGGUUUCUUAAACCUUCAUUUCUUCAUUUCAGAAAUGCUUUAUUCUGGAGCGCAAGCAAGAAAGGGGAUGUAUUGAUCAGCUACCAUGGCAAUAACAGGUGUUUGGCAUCUGACUUUAUUGAUGGGCACAAUGGAAGUUGAUGACAGCAGAGACAAGUAUGAGGAGAAGCCGAUGCAGAGAUAGACGAUGGGAAAUGCUUUCGGGGUUCUGAAUGGACCAGCACUGAGAGAGCAGUGAGUUACCCGACAUCAUGUUGUUGAAGUAGUGUUAUUUUCUGAAGCUGCAACUACUAAAUUCCUCUGUUUUUGUGUUGGCUGCAGUCAGAGGAAGCGAGCAAAAUUGUUCUUUAAAAUACCUGUAUGUAUGACAAAAAAUAAAUUCCCCAAGCUCCUCUACUGUUAUUAUUGAGAGGAGACGGUUUUGACAGACUUUACAGAUGGCACUCCUCAAUCAGAAUAUUUCUCAUAUUUACAGUUGACUAUUGCAUGAUCAAAAGGAAUGAGCUGACAUGCAUCUUACACAUUUUUAAGUUGUCUCCCUGCACCUCUUGUCUAUCUAGUAUAUUUUAAUUACGAUCUCUAUUUGGACUACUCUUAAAAAAAGAAAACAAUUACUGACAGUAAUUUUUGCUGGUAGUGGAAAGAACACUAUGGGGAAGCCUCUUAGUCGACCGGGUUGCUGCAGGCAGAGCUCCUGCUGCCUGGAGAAGAGUGUGGAUGGGGAUGGCUAUAAUGAGGACGGUUACAUCCCCCAGCGCUCCAUCUACGACACGAUGUGUAUCAAUGAACAUAUUGACCAUGGCUCUGCUCAGAGCACCAUAACCUCCAGAGGAGGCCAGGACAACAACUUCUCUAGCAAUGGCAACCUAGGGGUGGGAGCAGGUGCCAGUGGGGACAUGAUCACGUUCGAUGCACGAUCACGAUCCACGACUCCCAUACCUUCCGUAGGUAGGAGGCUGGACGAAAGGGUGAUCUUUGACCAGCUAAAGCUGGUUGAAGCUGGCCAGAGCAGCCGGUUUGGGGGUAGGUCAGUGUCCCCCAGUGUCUCCUUGAUGUCAGCCCCUGAGGGAACUUCCUCUUCCAGUGGCAAGAGACAUCAACACCAGCAUGAUAGCGGCAAGAGAGGGGACAACGGCCGGCAGUCCUGGAAAGUCCUAACACCCCCGAAGAACCUUGAACAUCUAGAACUAUCAUCUGGUGAUGUAAUGGAGAAGAAUUUCUUAAAUCCUCUCUACCUACAACACAGCAUGACCUCCCCUCUCAUCUCACCCUUCUCUGGGUCACCCCUCUCCUCAGGCUGUCACACCCCUGUGUUCUACUCCCCAGCCAAACCCCUGCCGUUUCAGCAGCAUAGCUUCAUCUUCGAAGAAUCACCCCCCUCUCAGCCUCGUCACCCGCCUCCCAAACCCCCUCUCGCCCAGCUCUCUGUGACGGCCCUCCAAUGUGUUCAAGAGGAUCUCAGAAGGAUAGGAGAAAGAGAUAGAGAAAGAAAUAAAGAGAAAGGGGUAGAGAUUGAGAAAAAAAGGGAGGUAUCCCACUCAGUGGGCUCAAUGUCUCAAGAGGAGAAUGUUGGGGUUUUUGGGUUUGCGCCGAGGACCAAGGCACUGGACUCAGCCAUUGACAAUGAUUCUCCCUUCUCCCCAGAGCCUCCCCAUGACACUACCCCCCUCAUGCUCGAUCAGAUUUCCCCAGGACCUGCUCCUGCUCGUGCUCUGAGCCCCCAGCCUAUGGAAUCCACCUGGCCUCGCAGGCUGAUUGUAAGGAAGAGAACUGUUAGACAAGGUGGUGCACUCCAUAACCUCCCUAUCCUUCCCCCUCUGCCCUCCCUGGUGGCGCUUAGUGCCAUGGAGAGAAAAAAUCUUCCUCGCCUCACCCCUUUUUCCGAGCACCAGGGUAAAUUGGUAGGGUUGAUAGGUAGGGUGGGUUACUCCUUGAAGGAGCAAAACUUGGAAAAUUGGAGGGUCUACUCUGCGAAAAAAUCUCUCCAGAAACUAGAGAAGGAAGGGGAAGGAGAGGAGCCAGAAUGUAAAAGCAGUGAUGGUGCUGAGUCAAGUUUUAAGGAGGGAGAUCCAGAAAGCAAGGAGCAGGAAGAUGGAGUAGGAGGUGGUGGUGGGGGUGCUGAGGGGGAGGAGGUGGAGGAGUGGGACACAGUGCUCGGUAUGGUGAACACACUGUGGGAUGAAGGCUGGGGGGACGCAGAGUCUUACACUGGCUCUCUGAGGCACUGGCCUCUGCUCAAACCCCCUUCUGGGUUUGGAGGAUCUCACCCGCCCUCUAGUGCUGCUUCUGAACUCUCUCUCCUGGAGCUGGAGAGAAGGGCCAAGGAAGUAGAGAGUGAACUUGUGGCAGAACAAUGUCUGACAGAUUCUCUGAGAAAGAAAGCUUCACAGCUCACAGCAGGGCAAUGUGUUGUUUCUGGAAGGGUCUCUGAACCUAAACAGAUCAGUACCCAACCCAGCCUUGAACUCCUUGCUUUGGGGUGUUCAACAGGGACAACAAAAAAUCUCAAGGAAGACUGUUCGCCUGAUUCCAACCAGACCUUGGAGUCAGACUCAAGUGGAGUCUUCAUGUCGAACCCCAGUCAGACCAGCCAGGAGGACAACGCCUCAGAUGGUAGUGACAGACCCUUGACUGAGUCAGACUUGGGGAGCAACACAUCUCUGGACCAGGAUAAAGACGAGGUGGCAUUUAAAGACUGGGGGAGGGAGGAGAGCACAGAGCUACAGUGGUGCUACCCAUCACUCUUAAAGAGCUCCUCUCACUGUGAGGAGCAUGGGAUUGAGGAAGAAGCACCUUUGAUGAAAGAAACAGAAAUGGGUGAGCUGCAGUCCACCAGCAAUGAAGGGCCUAAUAAUCCAGAUCUAUAUGAUGGUACCAGCCAGGCAGAAUUGAAACCGAGGAACAAGAGUGUUAAAAUAAUGUCUAGCACUGACUCCCCACUCCCCUUAUCCCCCUCCAGACAUGAGAUACCACGGAAUAGGUCCGGCUUGGACAGCAGUGACCUGGAUCCGUUUGUUACUACAGAUAGUUUUGUAUACCUGGCUGUGUCUGUGCCCCCUGCAGUCUCACCAGCACAGGAGGAGCACCCCUCUCUCCCCUCUCUGACUGAGUCUACACCCCCAACCUCCCUCUCCAAACACCUCUGCCCCAACGUUGAGGAGAGUGACUUCCUCUCAACAGAUAGCUUUGUUUACCUGGCGGGUCCUGAGUGUCACCGGCUCGCCAUAGAAGGCCACUCUUCUUUCAUUAGUAGUUCCAAGGAGUCAGACUCCUCCGAUGACAGCGGGUCCGGAGUGGACUUUGUACUCGGCUCCAUGGUUGGAGACAGUGACUGGGAUUCUGAUGAGUCCGAGUCUGGUCCGAAGGCUAAAUCUAAACCAAUCAAACAACCAACAUGGGAUCUGUGGAAGGAACUAGAGCAUGAGGUGUUGUCUUAUCUAUUCUGUGAGGAAGUGAAGCCAGCGACAGAGCCAGUGACAGAGGAAGUUCCAGUCCCUGUAACCGAUCAACCGAGGAAGGUUACCUGGCAGUUCAGGGCCGCUGAAGGUUCCACUCGUCAGACG